UUUAUUUAGAUCUGUAUUUGUUCAUUGCACUCAAUGUUGUUUAUGCUUUUCUUUUGGCCUUGAUAUAUUAUCACUUCUAAGACUGCAAGUUUGUACAAUGUUUCAUUAAAUUAGAGCGAGUACUACUCCUGUGAUGCAACUUAUCACAACUGGCUGAAAGUUGAGUUAGAGAAUGUGGAAGUUUCUCCCCUUGAAUUGUCAGUUGAGGAAAAGCAAAGAGCGAUUGCAGCAGCUAAGGAAACACUAAAUUCAUCAUUUUCACUGCUCUUAAGAAAAGAAAAUCCAUGGUUGGUUCCCACUGAAGAUCAUGUUUAUGAAUCAGUAGAACCUUUGUUCCUAGAAUUGCAUGCCAUUGCAAUGCUUGGUUUGCCUUCUGGUGAAUGUAUGUGCCCGGAUGCCACCUUGUGUGCAACACUACUGAGUGCCCUUUAUUCUUCAAUAAGCGAGGAAGUUGUCUUAAAUCGCCAGCUCAUGGUGAGCGUCUCUAUCUCAUCAGCAGACAAUUACUGCAUUGAGGUUGUUCUUCGUUGCUUGGCAACAGACGGUGAUGGACUUGGUCCACAUGCACUUAAUGAUGGUGGUAUUCUUGCUACAGUGAUUGCUGCUGGCUUUAAAGGAGAGCUUGCUCGAUUUCAAGCUGGUGUAACAAUGGAGAUCUUACGAUUAGAUGCCUGGUAUUCAAGCAAAGAUGGUUCUCCGGAAGGCCCAGCUACAUACAUCGUGCGGGGCCUUCGUCGAAGGUGUUGCAUUCCAGAAGUUAUUCUUAGAUGUAUGCAGGCUUCUAUUUCGCUCAUGGAGUUGGGCAAUCCACCUGAAAGCCAUGAUGAGCUAAUUGAACUAGUUGCAUCGCCUGAAACUGGGUUUCUCCAUUUAUUUAGUCAGCAGCAAUUGCAGAAAUUUUUAUUAUUAGAGAGAGAAUACUGGAUAUGCAAAUUGGAGCUUGGAGAUUAA